UCAAAUCGGUACGAUUCGUCUACGCAUCUGCUCGCAAAUCGGUUUCUGUGUACGUGUUUUUCGCCCCGAUGUUUUGCGACGGGUGCUAGCGAACUUCCGAGGGGUAUAUUCAGCAAGAAAAGUAAAUAAUACCAUUUUUCACACCCCUGUACGUGUGUCCCUUUUUUCGGGAAACGGAAAAAAGUACAGUUAAGGAGCUAGCGGUAUUUGUGACUAUCAAUUAGAUUAGUGUUGCCGGAAUCCAAAUCGCUCCCAUCGCCGAAUCGGACGGAUGCGAUGUGUCAGUGAGCUGCAUUCCCCGUUGCGCUAGGCCUACUGAUGCUACCAAAACAAAACUUUCCGUCGUGGAUGUUCCGGCACAUUCGGCAAUAGCUAGCUUAUGCGGUAGAUCACAAUCUGGUCAGAUAGUUGGAUGUGGUGUGAGCCGUUCGGUAGUAAAAUAGAUCGCACGAACAGUGCCAAGAUGAGGUCGUCCUAUUCAACGUUGGGGAGGUGGUGGUGGUGGUGCGUCGUGGCGGUUACCGUCUCGCUGAUUGUCACCAAUGUCGGAGCAGAUGAGCACAAUCAUAUGUAUGAAGACCAUGAGGAGGUUGUACUAUGGAUGAACACCGUCGGACCGUACCAUAAUCGGCAGGAGACGUACGCGUACUUUUCGCUACCAUUCUGUGUCGGUGCCAAACAAUCGAUCAAUCAUUACCACGAAACUAUGAGUGAGGCUCUCCAGGGAGUUGAGUUGGAAUUCAGUGGCUAUGACAUCGAUUUCAAAGAUGACAUCAGCCCAACGGAGAUUUGUAUGGUAGAUUUGACGGAGGAAAAGCACAAAGCAUUCAUAUAUGCUGUAAAGAAUCAGUACUGGUAUCAAAUGUACAUCGACGAUCUGCCAAUAUGGGGAGUGGUCGGCAAGGAGGAGGACAAGAAGUACUACAUCUAUACCCACAAAAAGUUCGACAUCAGCUACAAUGGCAAACAGAUUGUGGACGUUACGCUUACCCCGGAGCGUAAGGAAUUGCUCAGAGUGGGAGCGAAGAUUAAGUUUACGUAUGAAGUGAACUGGAAACCAAGCUCGGUCAAGUUUGAGGACCGAUUCGAUAAGUAUCUGGACCCGAAUUUCUUCCAGCAUCGCAUCCAUUGGUUCAGCAUAUUCAAUAGUUUUAUGAUGGUAAUAUUCCUUGUCGGGCUGGUGUCGAUGAUUUUGAUGCGCACGCUGAGGAAAGAUUACGCGCGUUACAGCAAGGACGAGGAAGCAGAUGAUAUGGAGCGCGAUCUCGGUGACGAGUACGGAUGGAAGCAGAUACACGGCGACGUAUUCCGUCCAGCAUCGAACGUGAUGCUAUUUUCUGCCUUAAUUGGUGCUGGCUAUCAACUGACAUCGGUAGUGUUGUGUGUCAUAACGUUUGCAAUAUUGGGAGAACUUUACACUGAGCGUGGUUCUAUGCUUUCGACGACGAUUUUUGUAUAUGCGGCAACUUCCCCAAUCAACGGUUACUUUGGAGGGUCGCUGUACGCCCGAAUGGGAGGAAAGCAAUGGAUAAAACAGAUGCUUAUGUCCGCAUUCAUCGUCCCAGCGCUUGUGUGUGGAACUGCUUUCUUUAUCAACUUUAUCGCAAUCUACUAUCAUGCCUCGCGAGCAAUUCCUUUUGGAACAAUGGUUGCUGUAACAUGUAUCUGUAUAUUCGUAAUCUUACCAUUGACGCUGAUUGGAACGAUUGUUGGACGCAAUUUGGACGGCCAACCAGAUUACCCGUGUCGCGUUAAUGCUGUUCCGCGGCCUAUACCCGAAAAGAAAUGGUUUAUGGAGCCAGCUGUGAUUAUUCUGCUCGGAGGAGUGUUACCGUUCGGGUCGAUAUUUAUCGAAAUGUACUUUAUCUUCACAUCAUUUUGGGCGUAUAAAAUCUAUUAUGUGUACGGUUUCAUGCUUCUGGUGUUUUUGAUUCUGAUCAUUGUCACCGUUUGCGUGACGAUCGUCUGCACAUACUUCCUAUUAAAUGCCGAAGACUAUCGAUGGCAGUGGACCAGCUUCAUGUCGGCAGCAUCCACGUCAAUAUAUGUGUACAUGUAUUCUUUCUACUAUUUCUUCUUCAAAACGAAAAUGUAUGGACUAUUCCAGACAGCGUUCUAUUUCGGCUACAUGGCAUUAUUCUCUGGAGCGCUGGGUAUUAUCUGCGGGACAGUGGGGUACUUCGGUACAAAUCUCUUUGUGCGAAAGAUAUAUUCCAAUGUAAAGAUUGAUUAAGCAAAUCCAUCCCUCCUCACAUCCGUGCCCAUGGACACACGCACAUCGGUCGAUCGGUUUUGUCAAUCCCGCAUUGGCUAAGCAGUGUUGGAUUCGUAUUGAUCAGUAGCAAUGGUACUGUUUUGCUGAUCACUCUUCUAAUUGCUAGAGAUUGGAAUAACGCAUGCGUUGGAUGUUAUAAACUAAUCCUUUGAUAACCUUCAGUAAUCCUUGCUUUAGUUUAUGGUUCUACCUUUAAUAUACUAGCUGUCACGUUGUACUAUCGAAUGCUAUUGGAAGAAAUAUGUGUGCGUGUGUGUGUGUAAUAUGCAGAUCGGGUUUAAUCGCAUGAAAGGAGGUUUAGUUCAAACGAAAAUUUUGCAAAGAACGGAGCUUUUAUGAGCUGACCUGGUAUUAGAACAGAAAUUGCCAGGAUGCAAGGCAGCAUUUGAACAAUGAAAUAACGGACGCAUAUGACUUAUCGAAUAGCAAUGGAAUGUUUAAGAAUGGUAUCAUCAAAUGAGACAGAGGAUAAAACAAGUAUAUCCCCUGUUGAAUUCAAAAGCAAGCGAUUCGAUUUGUGAGAAACACGCGUACUGAAUAUAAACGAGAAAACAGUGAUGUAUUCGGACUGUGUACUAAACCUUCAAAACCGUACCAUAAGACAAGCAACUUCAUAAGUGUUGUUGCAAAACAGGACAAAGCGCACUUCAGUUUUGUAGAAAUAUUGGAGAAAAUGAACGUACAUUUGAUGAAAUAUUUGUUCGUAACACAAGUGGCAAAAUGCACGAAACUUGCAGGUUAGGUUGAUUUAUUUUGUGUUUUUUUUUAUCCCAUUUGUUUGAAACAUAUGUGUGCUGGAGGGUAAAAGUAUGCUAUGUUGCCUUACUCAGAAUAAUCAGUCAGCAAACAUUCAGCAAACAAGUGACGUGCGUGCGUGGUAGUUCAACUACUUAUGGUAAAUUAUUUUUCCACAUAGGUGUGCAAAGGAAUCCAUAGUGAAGGGUCGUGGCAAUGUUGUUAGACAUUUCAAGCGAGAUCAGAGUUACAGCAUGCUGAUGAUAUUGAAUUAGAUAAAAAGAAACAACAAAAACACCAUCUCCUACCACCUGCAACAGAGUUCGCUACGUUCCAGUAUCGCAGUAUAUAAACUAUUUUUGUUUUUAAUUUGAAGGAGGAUUGAUAUAGCUUACUGAAAAUAGAACUGAACAUGAAAUCGAUAGAAGGGGAAUCCUCCGUAAAUCAA